GAUCACGUCCUCAGCCUCUGGUCCCAGUUGAUCGUUUACUCAACUAAAUAAUAACAAUUGACUCUGAACUCAAAUGGCGUGCAAUUCAUCCAGUUACUCCGUAUUGCCCUUAUCGCUACUGUUCAGUCUCGAUUGUGAUCACUGCAGAGUUGGAGGUUCAAGGAAAUCUUCGUAUGUAAUAGUAAUCAGAAUGCUGAAUGUAGCCUGUGAGGCUGCCAAUUCUUUUGGUUGUGAGGAAGCUGCAAAUGCCAGUCCUGAAGACGGCACGUUCACCCCUCUGUGAUCGGUUAAGAGUGCGUUGCGUUUUAAAUGUUCCAAGAAAACAAUCAAAGAUAGGGCUGCUAGUCAUGCUAUCAAAAGGCAGCCAGAGUAAUGCGUGACGAUGGCAUAUGCUGCUGUCAAUUCCCUUUUGCAAACACUAGACCUUGUCAUAUUUCCCAAUCCAUACUUGACCUCUCAAGACGAUGACCAGUUUGCAUCUUUAGGGGAAAAGCUUAGGUAUCUGAAAGGUUUUCUUGAGGGUUUUGUGAGGAGCCGUGGUGACCAUGGAAAGGUUAAGGUUUUGGAAAGACAGAUUGAAGAUUCAGUGAAUCGAGCAGAAGAUAUUGUUGAAACAUAUUUAUACACUGUGAGAAGUACAGUAAAGAGCAAGAACAGUCGAAGAAAGGAUUACAAGAUCUUCCAAGAAGGUUUGAAACAAGUAAUAGAAGAAAUUGAUUCUGUCAAGAAAGAGGCCGUGGAGAUUUGUGGUAAUCCAUACGAUCCAAAUAAUCUACAUUCAGGGCGUUAUUUGUUUGGGAGUUCAUCAUGGCACGUACCAAGUUCUGCAAAUCCUGUUGUGGGCCUGGACAAUGACUUGGUGAAAAUCAAAGAUCAGCUCACUGGAUUGCCAUAUAAUCUGGAAAUCCUCACAAUCGUGGGGAUGGCAGGAAUAGGUAAAUCCACUCUGGCUAAAAUAGUCUAUGAUGAUCCGUUGAUAGUGUAUCACUUCUAUGUUCGUGCAUGGAUUACAGUAUCUCAAGAAUAUGAAGUGAAGAAUAUAUUGAUAGGGCUGAUUCGCUCUGUUGCUCAGCUGACAGAUGAUAUCAGUGCGAAGUAUGAUGAUUCCGAGCAGCAUUAUAAAGUUCUAAAAGAUGGUAUCAACCAGCUGAGUGAUCAAAAAUUAGCUGAACAACUCUAUAGGAGUUUAAAGGGUAAAAGGUAUCUUAUUAUCAUGGAUGAUAUUUGGUGUAAUACCGCAUGGGAUGAUGUCAAACGAUCAUUUCCGGACGACAAGAAUGGAAGCCGGAUAAUUUUGACAAGCCGGCUCACAGAAGUGGCUCUUUAUGUUAACUCUGGGAGUCCUCCUCAUCAUAUGCGGUUUCUCAGUGUAGAUCAAGGAUGGGAAUUACUGAAGUUGAAGGCCUUCCCGAAACAAGGAUGCUCUCUUGAGUUGGAGGAAAUCGGAAAGCAAAUUGCAGAAAAGUGUCAAGGGCUUCCCCUAGCAAUUGUUGUGGUUGCGGGUCAUCUGUCCAAAUUGAGCAAGAAAAGAGAUUUGUGGUUGAACGUUGCUGACAAUGUAGGCUCACUUGUAGCUAGAAACCGAGAACAGUUUUUGAACAUUAUUGCUAUGAGUUAUAACCACUUACCUCAUCACUUGAAAGCCUGUUUCCUUUAUAUGGGAGCUUUCCCUGAAAAUGUUGAAAUCCCUGUGUGGAGACUUAUAUCAUUGUGGAUUGCAGAAGGGUUUUUGAAACGGGAACUGGGGAAAAGCGUAGAAAAAGUGGCACAAGAGUACUUGGAGGACCUCAUUGACAGAAGUCUAAUAUUGGCUGAAAAGAGAACCAAUGAUAGAGUUACUACCUGUCGUAUGCAUGAUUUGCUCCGUGACUUUUGCCUGAGAGAAGCUGAGAAGGAAAGCUUUUGGCAUGUUAUGAGGAGGAAUGACCUUUUUUUUCCUGAAGGCUUACAAAAUCAUCGUCGCCUCUGUGUGCAAUCGGACAUAUUUUCUUAUGCUAUCACCGAAUAUUCAAAUCCACAAGUUCGCACCUUUCUAUCCUCAAAUUUCUCAACUCGAUUGUCUUUUUUUUCAGAGUCUGUAUUCGCUCUCAUGGGUUUCAAACUGCUUAGGAUUUUAGAUAUGAUUAGUUACUAUUUCAAUCAUUUUCCUACUCAAGUAUUGAAAAUGAUUCAUCUGAGGUUUCUUGGUCUCUCAACUAGUGGUGAGCUUCCAGCAGCAUCAUCUAAACUUAGAAGAGGAUCUGGGAAGUGGUAUCUUCCGUUCUCAAAAAGAUCGGAGCUUCCUGUAUCAAUUUCCAAUCUUGUGAAUCUACAGAUCUUGAUUGUUAAUUGGGGAUGGAGGGAAAACCACUGUUUGCCAUUCGAUAUCCAGACGAUGACCCAACUAAGGCACAUCCGAUUGAAGGGGGCAGUUGUCUAUUUUGAUGAUCUCUUCCUAGCAGAAACCAGCAGAGCAAAUCCAUUGGUACUAUCAAACUUACAAACGCUUUUGACUGUGAGCUCUACCAAUUUCAGCAAGAAAAUUGUUUCGAUCAUCCCUAACCUGAAAAAGUUGGGAAUCCUAGUGUCCAAAAAGAAUGAUGAGCACCCAACUAAUUUUCUGAAUUACCUUUCCUCUUUACAUUGCCUUGAAACGUUAAAUUUGUCCUUCAGUUUACAAAAUGAAAAAUCUUCAACUAUUUCACAGUGGAAUGCGUUCCCUCCAAACCUCAGGGCAUUGACUUUAAGUGGGAGCCAUCUACCAUGGGAAGAGAUGGUCACUGUUGGGAAGAUACCCAACCUUGAGGUCCUCAAACUGAAAGACCGUGCUUUCAGCGGCCAAGUAUGGGAACCAAUUGAUGGGGGAUUUCUUGCACUUAAAUUCCUAUUAUUAGAGAACAAUGAGCUAGAAAUUUGGAAAGCAACAAGCACUCACUACCCUAGCCUUCAACACCUAGUUCUGAGGCUGUGCGAUGCAUUAAUAGAGAUCCCUUGUGGUAUUGGGGAGAUUCCUACCCUGCAAAUAAUUGAGCUUUAUUCCUGUGGCCAUUCUGCUGUUCGCUCUGCUAAAAGAAUCCAUGAGGAACAACAGAGCAUAGGCAAUGAUGAUCUUGAAGUUCGCAUAAACCUGGUUUAAAAGUUGUUUGAGCUUUGCCAUCUUUCAUCAUUGCUGAGUACUGGAAGCUGGAGUUUGCAAAGCUGACAUUUUUGGAUAAUUUCCUUUCUUGGUACAUUCUUUUAUGUAUUUCAACUAUCCAAAAUCUUUAACUUUGUCGUAUCUAUUCCUAUUCUAGACAACUCUCCCACUAAUAAUUUUAUGCUUACAUAGUCAAAUCCUAAAAAGUGCAAAGGGAGGGCGAGGAACCUCUAGAAAAGCUAGAUAUUUGAGCAAUUUAGUCUGACAUAUAUUGUAGACUUAACAUAUCAAUGUAUUUAAAUAAGAAUCCUAACUUUACCUUUUCUUUUCUUAAGUGAAACUUGAAUUCUAAACUCUGAUCAAUUUACUGAGAUAUUGGUGAAUAGUUAAAUUUGUGCGCUUAUAUACCCCUACAACUCUUUGGUACUUUUAAUAGUGGGGUGGAUAGAGACUAUUAUCUCUUGAACAUAUAUUCUAGAUAGCACUCUUGAAGAUUCAUGUAACGCAAUCCUGUAUGAGCAGUGUAAGCAUUUCUAGCGAAAAUUGGAACUUUAUAUCAUGUUA